AUGCACAGUGAUUUUGGAGACGUUCAGUUUGACGAGACCCAGGUGUCCACUACCUCGCCGUGCGGGUCCGUCCUGCACCGGCUGAUGGAGCCGGUACACUUACACGUGGGGCGAGACCGGGACGGCAACAUAGGCAUCAUUGGGCGGCGUGUGACUAUGUAUCGCGUACCGCCGUCGGCACCCUACCGGACACACGCAAUACCGGUAUCGGAGGGCAUCGUGGGGUUCAACAGCCUCCCGAGAAGAGAUGCGUCGUUGUAG